AAAACAGCGACAUCCAUAGAGAUCUGUCGAGUGAUAUCUUGUGUGGUUUGUUCAAUCUUUUCCUAAAGACCCAAACACAAAAUUAACAAACUUUCACUAUCAUCAUCGGAUUGAGAAAGAUUUGAUUCAGCAGAGUUGCAUAUGAAAUGGUUAUGGUGAGUGUGAAAAAGCCCUUAUUGAUUAGCAUUUCACUCUUCACACUCUCUCUCCUCCUCGCCGUGAUUUGGUUCACCCCUUCUAAUCCCUUUUCCGAAACCUUGCUUUCCUCUACAUCUUCAAUGUCCGAGAUGCGUGGAGAAAAAACUCAUAUAUGGAGUGUUCGAAGGAUUGUAGAGUGGCGACCUUGUAAAUGGUGGCUUAAUGGAGAUCUAAGUGCUCUUCCGGCAGAGAGUAGUGGGUUUAUUCGAGUGGAUUGCUAUGGUGGGCUUAAUCAGAUGAGAAGGGAUUUUUGUGAUGGUGUUGGCAUCGCACGUUUACUGAAUGCAACUCUUGUUUUGCCAAAGUUUGAGGUGGCUGCAUACUGGAAUGAAUCGAGUGGUUUUGCAGAUGUGUUUGAUGUGGAUUACUUCAUUCAACAGAUGAAUGGCUUUGUUAAUGUUGUUAAAGAAUUGCCAGCAGAGAUUGCAUCAAAAGAACCAUUCCACGUGGAUUGCAGCAAACGCAAAGGCCGAUUUGAUUACGUCGAAAGUGUUCUCCCUUCUCUAUUGGAGCAUCGUUAUAUUUCAAUCACACCAGCUAUGAGCCAAAGGAGAGAUAGAUAUCCUCUGAAUGCAAAGGCUGCCCUUUGUCAGGCUUGUUACAAUGCAUUACGCCUUACCAGAGCCUUGGAGAAGAAAGGCUCUGAGCUUCUACAAGCCAUACCCAAACCCUUUCUCUCACUUCACCUUCGGUUCGAACCUGACAUGGUAGCUUAUAGCCAAUGCAACUAUUCUGGCCUCUCUUCUACUUCCAUGGAAGCCAUAGAGGCUGCACAGGGAGAUCGAAAACCCUGGACUGGAGAAGCUGCCCGUGUUUGGCGAAACCGUGGGAAAUGCCCCCUCACUCCUAAAGAGACUGCUUUCAUCCUUCAAGCACUUUCCAUCCCAACAAACACAAACAUUUAUUUGGCGGCCGGAGAUGGUCUUAUGGAACUUGGAGGGCUAACCUCAGUUUACACUAAUUUUUUUACAAAGGCUACACUUCUUAGUGGUGAGGACUUUACAAGCAUGCAUGGGAACACAAAAGCUGCACUGGAUUAUUAUGUAUCGAUCAACAGCGAUUCAUAUGUAGCCACAUAUUUUGGGAACAUGGAUAAGAUGGUUGCGGCAAUGCGGGCUUUCAAGGGGUUGUUUAAAACUCUUUUCUUGAGCAGAAGGGCUUUUGCCGAGUUCACUUCUCAGGGCUUGGAGGGGAAGGAGUUGAUGGAAGCACUUUGGAAGGCACAUAGAGAUGAUUUUUUGAUGGGAAGAGGUUCUGCUUUGCCCGAUUGCUUUUGCGAAUUCAAAUUAUGAGAGGUCAGGUUUUGUUUCUGUUUUUUCAUAAAUUUUUAAGCUUUGCAUUUUUGUUUUUUGUACUAGUGAUGGGUGAAACAUGUAUUAUUUUCAAUUGUAGGAAGUGUGUCACCCUUGCAAUUUGUUCAUGCUAGUUCAAUAUUAUUCACUUAAUUGACUUUGUAACAUUUGUUUUACCCAAGCAUUUUACUGUGGGCAAAUAUGGAGAUGACAUGAAAAUUAAAUUCAUUCAA